CAACAUUGUGUUUCGAGUAAUUCUUCCCAGUAGCUCUUUUCAAAGUUUGUCCAUGGCGGUGGUGCGAUCAUUUUAUUAGACCACCGCAAUUUAUCUCUUUUAUAUCUUCGCGUCAUCGACCAUUGUUUCCGUCCUCGAGUAGCCGCUGUUUCUUCUCAAACGCCAGCUACAUUCUCAUCAACUUUCCAGAUUACUUGCAAAUUGCAACAUUUCUAGAAUUAUACUUAGUUUGCAACUGAUUAUACGAGGGUAUUCGAGUGAUGGAAGGAACUGAGAAUUCAGAAGAAGCUGUCUCAACUGGAAUUCCGAAAUUAGAUGGGACUGUUAAUUGGGGAACAGCGACUGUCAUGGGGAUAUUUGCAGGAAUGUUAUAUGGAGGCAGCAAGGAAGCAGCUGCGUCUGCUAGCAAGGAUGCUGAAGUGACAUUGAAGCUUGGGAGUACCCCAGACAAGCGUGAACAAUAUCGAUUGAUGAGAGAUGCAAUGGAAAAGAGGUUUUACAGAGUCACUCGUGGGUCUCUAGUUGGGGGAGUGCGCCUCGGGAUGUUCACUGCUGCAUUUUAUGGUCUACAGAAUUUGCUCGCGGAGAAACGAGGAGUUCACGAUGUGUAUAAUGUUGCUGCGGCUGGUUCAGCCACUGCUGCAACAUUUGGUCUGAUAAUGCCAGGAUCUCUUCUUUGGCGUGCCAGGAAUGUCAUGAUGGGUUCAAUACUAGGAGCGGUGUUUUGUUUCCCUCUUGGUUGGGCGCAUUUAAAGCUAGUCGAAAAGGCAAACGAGGGAAAAUUCACUGCUCCUCCUGAACUGAAUGAGAAGGGUGAAGUCAAGAGUGGCGUUGAAGCCACCAUUGAAAGACUCAAAGGUAGUAUGAGCAAGUAAAGUUUUCAGGUUCUGAUACUUGGCUAACAUCACAGCUCAUGAUUAUAUAAGAUGAGGGAAGAUUCUAUUGUCCAAGCGUUUGAAGGAAAUUAUACCUAUUCAAGCUGGAUGCUACAGAUUUUGUUUCAAUUGUGAAUUAUCUCAGUUUUGACCUGCUAGUAUAGGCUUUUCAGCAAGAAGUGUAGAAAUAAUGAAUUUUGUAAGCUUUUGUCUGAAUUUGCAAGUAUCGAGUCAAUUUAGGGUGUAAACCUGUGCUAUUAGAAUAGCUUAGCUUGAAUAGCGGAAACACGUGACCAAGCCAAAAAGACAGGGGAAAACGUCUUCAUGCUAAUUCCACUCUAUUUGCUGAAGCACAAGUCUACAGUGCGCAUGAAACCAGGGCAGCAGGGCUGCAGUCUACAGAUGCAUAUCGUACAAACUGACUCAGAGUUCCUCGUCCGAUAUCUGCACUACACACUGGAACAAGUACAACGAACACAUGACCUAGCACAUUUUUACGUAUUAAUUGCAUUCCUUUUUGGCAGAACUUAGUUUCUUGUACGUUUUCGAUAUCAAAAAUAAAAUAAGUACAAUGGAUUGUAGUGACUAGUGAGGCACAAGAGCUUAUCAGAAAUAUACUAUUUUUACUUUCUUUGUGA